CAGCUCCGCUCGUAGUUUUCGGGGCUCGUACUGGAGCACGCUGAAAGCGAUUAGGGGCCGUUUCCCGGGGUGGGGGGCUCUGAAGUGUUAAUAACCCUAAUAACAAUCCUUCUCUAUUGUCCCCUCCCCUUUGCUCUGUUGUACUCUCACAUUCAAAUACGCAGUGCUUCACAUGUGUGGUAAAUAUGUAGAUGACAUGAGCAGAAAAAAACCCAGUGACCCUUUCUCUCUCUCUCACACACACUCACACACUCACACACACACACACACACACACACACACUCACACACACACACACUCACACACAUACACACACACACACACACACACACGCACACACACACACACACGCACCGCAGUGUGAACUAAUAAAAUAAGAAGACUCACUCCCAGCAUUAAUGGCGAGCACAGAUGAGCACAGAGGUCACGGAUGCUUAACUCUUCCCUUCUCCCUGUCUCCCCCUGCAGGUCGUUCGGCGCGGUGCCUGUUUACGUCUGUGUCUCUGUCUCUGUCUCUGUCCGCCCUCGGCAGGUUGUUUUGGGGUUGCCCUGGUGUAAGCCUCUCUGUCUCCCCCUGCCGGUCGUUCGCCGCGGUGGCUGUUUACCUCUGUGUCUCUGUCUCUGUCUCUCUCCGCCCUCGGCAGGUUGUUUGGGGUUGCCCUGGUGUGAGCCUCUCUGUCUCCCCCUGCAGGUCGUUCGGGGUGGUGCUGUGGGAGAUCGCCACCCUGGCGGAGCAGCCGUACCAGGGCAUGUCCAACGAGCAGGUGCUGCGCUUCGUCAUGGAGGGAGGCCUGCUGGACAAGCCGGACAACUGCCCCGACAUGCUGUUCGAGCUGAUGCGCAUGUGCUGGCAGUACAACCCCAAGAUGCGGCCGGCGUUCCUGGAGAUCAUCAGCAGCCUGAAGGAGGAGCUGGAGCCGCCCUUCCGGGAGAUGAGCUUCUUCUACAGCGAGGAGUACAAGCCGCAGCCGUACACCGAGAAGCUGGACUGGAGACUGUUGAAGAACAUGGAGAAGCGUUGCC